AUGUCACAAGAAAUCCUCUUGCCCGUUAUUCUUGGCCUAGUGUUUCUCUUAGUCAAGUUUGUUGGCUUUUCCAAACAGGCAACCAAACCUAUUCCUGGGCCUCCCGCACUUCCUCUUGUCGGAAAUCUUCUUCAGUUCAAGUCUCCCAGCAUUCUCAAGACAUGGGCGCGUCAGUAUGGUGAGAUCUACCAAGUACGCCUUGGCCCCGCUCAAAACUGGGUAUUUUUGAACAGCCCCAAAAUUGUCAAGGAGCUUCUUGAGAAAAAGUCGGCUGCUACAUCUACUCGUCCGAGCUUUUUGUCGGCAAACAUGGUCUCGGGUGGGAGACGGAUGGUCCUCAUGCCGUAUGGGAAUCACUGGCGGACCCUUCGGUCGAUUAUUCAUGCUUCUUUGACUCCAAAGGCAGCCAAUGUAUUGCAGCCUGCUCAGAACUUUGAGGGAAAGCAGUUGGUCUGGGAUAUUUUCAACAGCAUUAACAAUACUGGCCAGACCCAGGAAGCCAAAGACGAUCGGGAGAUGGGAUUUUAUACCCAUGUUCAGAGAUACUCAGCAUCAGUCAUCCUGCUCAUGGUUUACGGGUUGAGGGCACCAACAUGGGAGUCUAACGCCAUCACCCAGAUCUACAAGGUUAUGAAUGACUUUGGUAGGGUCGCCAAUCCUAUGUACGGUGCCAUAGAUAUCUUCCCCUGGCUCUUGAACUUGCCAAAGUGGAUGCAUUGGUGGAACAGUGACCUCAAAAGAAUUGAAGAACGCCAGAGUGAGGCCUGGCUCCACUAUUGGAAUCAGAUGAAGGACAAGAUCAACAAGGGCGAAGCUCCUGAUUGCUUUGGUCGUCAGUUCGUGGAGGCAGGCUAUCGACAGAAAGGCAUCAGUGAGUUGCAAGCUGCGUAUGUCUGCGGAACAAUGAUCGAGGCCGGAUCAGAUACCACCGCUGCGUCGGUAAACAAUGGACUUCUAUACCUCAGCGCUUAUCCAGACGUGGUUGCCAGAGCUCAUGAAGAGAUUAAGCGUGUGGUGGGUAGUAGUCGGUCUCCGACCUUUGACGAUGACCUCCCAUACGUUCGGGCAAUCGUUAAAGAAACGCUUCGGAUCCGACCAGCUACGACCAUGGGCGGGCCUCAUGCAGCUGACCAAGACAUUGAGUACAACGGGUACAUUAUCCCCAAGGGAACCGGUCUUAUGCUUCAUCAAAACGGUAUCCAAAUGGACCCAGAACUUUAUCCGGAGCCUGAAAAGUUCAAUCCAGACCGCUUCCUCGACCAUCCACUCAAAGCAGGAGACUAUGUAGGAAUAGCGGAUCCUUACAAGAGAGAUCACUGGACAUAUGGAACAGGACGAAGAAUCUGCUCUGGGAUGCACGUGGCCGAGAACAGCUUGCACAUUGUCUUUGCCAAGAUACUGUGGGCGUACACAAUUAGUGCGCCUAAAGACGAUGGGGGCAAACUAUUGCCAGUUGAUCUCUCGGAUGAUGCAUUCGUCUUGGGGGCAGUCACUGUGGCGAAGCCUUAUCGGUGCAUCUUUAGUCCUAGAAAUGCCCAGGUUGCAGAGACCAUUGUGAGAGAGUGGAAGGAAGCAGAGAGGGAAGGGUUUCAGCUAGGAGACCGCAAGGUGGGCAUAGACGGAAUCAUCGCGUCGGCACAGACAGACUAG